AUGGACGAACUUCACAACAUUCCAGCAGCAGUAAAUUUUGAUGAGUCCAUAGCUCAUUAUGAAAUUCAUGCUCAUCAACGAUAUGCAUCUUCAUCUUUCAAUAAUAGUAAUGAAAUUCGAAUUGCAGUACAACAUCAAUAUCUAUGCAUUUUACCGAGUAAAAGUUCUUUACACAUUUUUGGUAGAUUAGCUAAAAAUGAUGGAAUUACUCUUACAGAAAAUGUACAUUUAAGCAAUAAUGCUGUAUGUUUUUUGUUUGAUGAAAUUCGCUAUGAAUUAAAUGGAAUUGAAAUAGAUCGAUGCAAAUACGUUGGACAUACUACAAUUAUGAAAAAUUAUGUCUCACAAACACCUACUCAGAUAAACUUUAUUGAAAAUGCUGGAUAUUCAAGAAUGACAGCUGAUGCAAGACUUGUAUUGGAAAAUGGCUAUUUUGAUGUCACAAUACCACUUAGCAUGAUUUUUGGUUUUGCUGAAGAUUAUAAAAAAAUUAUUAUGAAUGCUAAACAUGAACUUAUUUUAACAAGAGCACGUUCUGAUAUGAAUGCUAUAAUUCAAACAGGACAAGGCGGUGAUGAAGAAUUCAAAAUUUUUAUCAAUAAACUUGAAUGGAUGGUUCCAUACGUUUUACCUGCUGAUAAUAAUAAAAUAAAACUAUUAAAAUUUAUUGAAAAAGAUCCAUUAAUUUCAAUGAGUUUUCGAUCAUGGGAAAUAUAUGAAUAUCCUUUACUUCCUGCCAGCUCAAAAGUUUUGUGGCAAAUUAAAACUUCAACGCAAUUGGAAAAACCACGCUACGUUAUUGUUGGAUUUCAAACAGCAAGAAAAGAUAAACGAAAAAAACAUGCCUGUCAUUUUGACCAUUGUAAUAUUACAAAUGUUAAACUCUUUUUAAAUUCACAAUAUUAUCCGUAUGGUAAUUUAAACCUAAACUUUGAUCAAAAUCAAUUCUCUCUACUUUAUGAAAUGUAUGCUAAUUUUCAAUCAUCCUAUUAUGGAAAAGAUUCAAAACCUAUUUUAACAAAGGACAUUUUCAAAAGUCUAUUUCCUCUAAUUGUAAUUGAUUGUUCAAAGCAAAAUGAAUUUUUAAAACAAGCCUCAGUUGAUGUAAGGUUAGAAUUUGAAGCAGGAAAUAACAUGCCAGCUGAGACUACUGCCUAUUGCUUAAUAAUACAUGAUCGCGUCAUACAAUAUAAACCAAUCAGCGGCGUUGUAAAGAAACUGUUGUAG